GUAUCACACUGCAGGCUGGCGGUGGCGUUGGCGCUGGCGCUGGCGUUGGCGGUGGGCGUUGCACCAAUCACACUUGAGCGUUGCCGCUGCGGUUGGCGCUGGCGUUCACAGCCUUCCAAUGCUCCUGGAUACGUUAAUUUUCGUUAAGAAAAGGCGCAUUUUCCGCCAACUUUUGGCGUCUGCUCAGUUCGAGUUUGUAAACACCCUAUCACACAAAUAUAUAGGUGUCCAGUGUUGAUUUUAUAAUGGUUAGAAUUACAAAUCGCUAUCGCCAAUAUCAAGAUUACAUGUAUAGAAGAAGAAGAGCUAUUAUUGCUUUAUUUGGUGUUGUAUUAAUACAAGAAAUAUCGAAGCGUUUCCCAGAGAGAAGUGUAUGGGUGCAUCACUACAUUGCACGAAGAGAUCGGCUUGGGUGUCACAACACUCUUUUUAUGGAGUUACGUACAGAAAAUCCAGAAAAGUACAGAAAGUGUCUACGAAUGACUCCAGAAAUGUUUCAAUGGCUCGCUGACACUAUUAGGCCUCUGGUGCAAAAGCAGGACUCACAUCUGAGGCGCAGUAUAUCAGUCGAACAGCGCCUCUCCAUCACACUCCGACAUUUAGCAACAGGUGAAACUCAAGAGUCUCUGCAUUUCCAUUUUCGGGUUGGCCAGAGUACCAUAUCUGGUAUUAUCAGAGAAGUAUGUCAGGCUCUGCAUUCGGUUCUGAAAGAAACGUACCUGAGGUUCCCUACAUCCCAUGAAGAAUGGCGAAAUAUUGCUUCUGAAUGUGGCAGCCGGUGGAAUUUUUAUAAUUGCAUUGGAGCUAUGGAUGGCAAGCAUGUCCUGAUUGAGCCCCCCAUCAACUCUGGGUCAACUUACUAUAAUUACAAAGAAACAUUUAGUAUAGUUUUGCUGGCAAUAGUCGAUGCUGGUUUAAGAUUUAUUUAUGUGGAUGUGGGUACCAAUGGUCGUGUUGGAGAUAAAGGAGUGUGGAACAAGUGUUCAAUGAAAAAAUAUUUAGAAGAGAAUAGUAUGAGUAUUCCACCUCCAUGUCCUCUGCCAGGCACUGAUAAAAACUUCCCAUUUGUAAUUGUGGGGGAUGAAGGUUUUGCCCUCACAAAUCAAGUUAUGAUACCCUUCUCUAAGGAGCACUUGAGAGGAGAAAAUUCAAAAGUCAGAAGAAUAUUUAACUACAGGUUGUCAAGGGUUCGGCGCUGCUCUGAAAAUGCUUUUGGAUUAAUUGUAAAUCGAUUCCAAAUUUUGAGAAGUCCUAUGCGGUACGAUCCUGAUGUAGCACGUAAUAUCACACUUACAAUACUGUGCUUGCACAAUUUGCUGCGUACUGAUACCUUAGGGCGGAAGCUGUAUUCACCACCUGAAAUGCUGGAUAGUGAGGACGAGUUGACUGGUGUAAUUCACAGAGGAGCAUGGCGUGAAGAAGGGGGGAAUGGUCUACAAGACUUAGCCCGUCAAGGUGGGAACCGCCAUGCUGCAAGCCCCCUUCAGCUGAGAGAGGAUUGGGCGGAGUAUUUCAAUGGUCCAGGAGCUGUCCCUUGGCAAGAACGAAUGGUGUCCCUCCCACAGUAAAUUAUUAUUGUCAUUGGCCUAUUUGUUAAUGUAGAUUGUUAAAUGUUUAAACUGUAAAUGCAUGUUAGAAUUUUAUUGUUUGGAUAUGUUUUGUCUGACUUUGAGUUUGACUUUGAAUGUGCUGAAUAUAUAGCUCUUUGAUUACAUAACAAUUCCCAGUCUUUAAAAUAUUCCUCUCCAUUCUGUUUUCUAUUUGGGGUCUCAUUACCCCACAGUUCAAUCCUAUAAUAAAGAUGCUAUUAGUCAAAUAAAAAUCCAUUGAGUACAACUGAAUUGUAUUGCCAGUCAGAAAUACAACAAUGACAUACAAACUAUAAAAAGAGAGACUUAAACUAAUCUACAUAUAAAGAGGCAUAUGUAUGAAAAAAACACCCGUAAGGUAUAGGAACCUGAAAGUAGUACUUUGGAUAACAGUCCUAAACUAAAAGUAAUCUACAUAAGUGGCACAUGAGAGUAAUACAUUAGUAAUAGAAGUACUUUGGUUUUAAGUCAAAAUUGGCAAAAUAAUGCAAGCUAAUAAAGUAAAAACACUUUGGCAUUUAGCUCAC